AUGAUAUGCGACUUUUCUACUCCCGUUUUAUUGCAGCAACUAUUGCAGGCCAUGAAAGAUCCGUCCCGACCAAAACGCGUACCUUUGACCUAUGCAUUCAUGGCCUUCGCUCUUCGACUUGUCGCCGCACAGUCUCAAGUAUUACUUUUGUGGUACGGGAGACGAUCUUACGAACGGUCGAGAGGUGAAAUGAUCAUGAUGGUCUAUGAAAAAGCCCUUUCACGCAAGAACAUCUCUGGACUGUUGAUUGAGGGCAACCCAGGACCAUCCGAUGAGGAAACAAAUGGCGGAAAUGAUGGGGCCGCAUUUGAAGAUAGCUGCGAACCCGCAACUAAAACCGCAGAAGGUUUCUGGCACCGUAUCGUUUCUCGCAGCAAGAAGGCACCACAGAAACAUGCCAAAGAGGCUGCAUCACUUGGCAAAAUCUUCAAUCUCUUGCGCGGAGAUGUUUAUGAAGUUGCACAGAGAUUCUGGGAGAUCGACUCGUUGAUUGACAAACCGAUAGGACUCAUUAUCGCCACCUUCCUUGUCUGGACACUUUUCGGUCCAUCUUGUUUCCUGGGAAUAUUCGCCGUUCUGGUUGCACAGGCCGUGAAUGCACUGGUAACCAGAGCUCUCCUCCGCUGGGAGAGAGUCAGACGCGUGGCAACGGAUACUCGGCUCCAAAUAACUUCGCAAUUUGUGGAAGCAAUCCGCCACCUGCGGUGGUAUGGGUGGCAGAAUCAUUGGCUUCAGCAGGUAAUGGAGGCCCGACAACAUGAGUUGAAUAUUCGGAUUGUGACCAGUCUGUGGAGUAUCUUGAUUCGCUUUAUCAACGCGUUCGCUAGUGGCGUGUUUCCAGUGGUUGCGUUGUACGCAUAUACCCUUUUGGCAGGACAUGAACUGCGGAUUGACAUCAUCUUUCCCGCAUUACAAUUGUUUUCCAUGCUAGAGACCCGUCUUCGGGAUAUUCCUGGUCUUAUCACAUCGCUUAUCAAUGCCUUCAUUGCCCUUGGUCGUAUCGAGGACUUCAUGUCCGAACCAGACAAGGAGAAUGUGCCUUCUGAACCAUUGGCGAACGAUACACCGCCAUCGAUGCAAUCUUGUUCAUUCGCAUGGCCAGGAAAGGUCUUACCCGUCCUUGUUGAUAUCGAUGUCACCAUCCCCAAAGGACUGACUGUUGUUACCGGCAAGGUCGGUGCUGGAAAAACCGCGUUUCUGCAAGCUCUUUUAGGAGAACUCGAUAGACUUGAGGGUUCAGUGCAUAUUCCAAACGAAAUGGUGGGGUAUUGUGCCCAAACACCAUGGCUGCAAAGCAUGAAUAUUCGUGAUAACAUUUUAUUCUCCGCUCCAUAUCAUGACCAGCGCUACAAACGGACACUAGAAGCCUGCGCCUUGCUUCCAGAUCUUGCUCAAUUUAAACAUGGCGAUUUAUCGUUCGUGGGUGAAAAUGGCAUUGGUUUAUCAGGUGGACAAAAAGCGCGAGUAGCUCUGGCAAGGGCUGUCUAUAGCGCAUCACGGGUUCUCCUUUUGGAUGACCCCUUGUCUGCACUAGACCACAAUACCGCGGAAUUCAUAGUCCGCAAAUGCUUCUCUGGGCCUCUGAUGAAAGAUCGAACUGUUGUUCUAGUGACGCAUCGAACUACGUUAGUACGUCAAAUUGCGGAUCAAAUUAUCAAUAUUUGUGAAAAACAUGCGUCUGUUUACGACAAGGAUACCAUCAAGCUUGACGUCACCGAGUCCUCCCUGCCAUUUAUCGAGCAUGAAGGCGAAACAGAAGCGGAAACAACCCCCCAGGAGGAGACAGCUGCCGUACCUGAUAAGUUCAUCGAGGAAGAGCAUCGAGCAGACGGGGGUGUUAAGGCUCGAGUCUACUGGAAUUAUAUCAGGGCCGGAAAGUACCGAUGGUGGCUUACCCUUGUCCUCAUUCUGGCAAUUUACCGACUGAUGGCUGUCGGGCAAUCAUGGUUUCUCAAAGGGUGGGGUGAAGCCUAUGAGCAGACAACUGUUCUUCGAGGGGAUCUAUCAAACUUGAGUACGAAGUCAUCGCAAGGCCCCUGGUUAGUCUCAACCCUGAGCAUGGACACAUACUUUACGCCCCAGAACCCUAUAGACCAACUGCCGCCUCCCCGUGAGGAUGUACGCCCUUGGCUAUGGACAUUUUUCGCCGUCAUCUCUUUCCAAGCGGCCACACUCCUUAUAGCCCAGCUUCUGAUGCUAGUCAUCGUCUAUUAUGCUGGGCAGUCCUUGUUUCGACGGGUCUUGGUCCGAGUCAGCCAUGCGACCUUCCGAUACCUGGAUACAAUCCCCCUCGGACGUUUGAUGAACCGUCUCACGUCUGAUAUUGGAGUCGUGGAUGGCAACAUUAGUGAGCAAUUCCAGGUGAUUGCGUUCCAGGCUAUCACUUGGAUCUCUUCUGUCCUGGUAAUCGCCACCGCUACGCCGGUAUUUUUGCUGUUCUCCCUAGGUCUCACGGUCGCAUUUGUCCUGGUAUUCCUUCGCUUCCUUCCCACAUCUCAGAGCCUACGACGACUCGAGAUGGUGUCCCUGAGUCCUUUGUUGUCCAACUUCGGCGAGCUAUUGCACGGUCUAAGCACCGUCCGGGCUUUCCAUGCUGAGUCACAGUUCCAGAACCGGGUCAUAUCCGUGGUUGACAAGUUUCAGGGAAUGGACCAUUUCUACUGGUCACUCCAAAGCUGGUUAAUGUACCGGUUCGAGAGCCUGUCCGCGUUGUCAACAUUUUGUCUAACAGCUCUGGCGUUAUACACCAACAUCACACCAGGACUGGUAGCAUUUGUGCUUAUUGCUGCCAACAACUUUGUCGAUUCCACGCAUGCAUUGUGCAAGCAGUACGGCCAACUUCAAAUGGACUUCGUUUCGGUGGAGCGAGUUGACGAGCUACUCCAUAUCGAAGAAGAAACCCCCGGUACCAUCGCUCCCCCAGCCGCAUGGCCAGCCUAUGGUAGCGACGUUAUCUUCGAAGAUGCAACUCUUCGUUACGCUCCACAUCUUGAUCCCUCGCUUAAAAACGUCUCUCUUCGCAUCCCCGGGGGAUCCACUACAGCGAUUAUCGGUCGUACUGGAAGCGGCAAGUCUACACUGGCAAUGUCUCUUCUGAGCGUCAUUAGACCAGAAUCUGGCCGCAUUCUUAUCGAUGGCAUCAAUAUCGCCGACGUCAGCACGCAAGCAUUGCGCACUCGAGUCACAUUCGUAGCGCAGGAUCCUGUCCUCUUCCCUGGUAGCAUCAGACUCAAUCUGGAUCCAACACAAGAAUAUUCCGAUGAGCUGUGUACCGAGAUUCUGGAGCGUUUGUGUACUCGGCACGGAUGGCAUCUUGGAACACAUAUUGAGGCCGGAGGAAGGAACCUUAGCCAGGGCCAACGGCAACUUAUCGCUCUGACACGGGCUGUUCUUCGUCGAAGCGCAAUUGUCAUUCUUGAUGAGGCGACUGCUUCCGUUGAUCAUGAGACUUCUCUCGAGAUCCAGCAGAUUAUCCGGGAGGAGUUACAGCAGUCUACUGUGAUUACGAUUGCGCAUCGCAUAGAAGCUGUCAAGGAUGCGGAUUACUUUGUGGUUCUGGAUCAGGGGCGGGUUUCAAGACAAGGACACGUACGGGACAUGUAG